AUGGAUCAUAUCAUCAGAAUUGUUCUCCUUGUGUUGUUCCUCUGCAACUCAGUGGUGUCUCAGAGUUGUAUUUCUCCAACAAGCAGCUGUGAUUGUUUUCAAGAGAAUGGAAACAAAAUUAUCAACUGUCGGUAUAAAAGUUUGACAGAAAUUCCGACAUUUAAUGACACUAAUCAAGUUUAUUACGAAAUACGAUUUACUUCAUCUGAAGACACUGGAACGUGUCAACCUUCUUCUGGUUGCAACAAUAUCAGAGAGAUAGGAGCCAAUGCAUUUGCUAACUUGAAAGUGCGGAGAAUAGAUAUGCUAAAUAAUCCUAUAACAACAACAGACCAUGAUGCUUUUAAUGGUUUAACUCCAGAACUGGAAGCCAUUUCACUUGAAGGAGAUGGGUCAAGAGUGAUGCCAUACCAAGCACUUGCCUCUCUAGAUGAACAUCUAAAAAUUCUCCAUCUUGAACACUAUGGCCAUCAGGCCAUUCAGUCCCCAAUUGUCUUUCCAUUUCCUAAUUUAGAAUCGCUUACAAUUAAAAAGUGGACAAGACUUGACAGUAUCGAUGCAGCUGUAUUUGGUAUAAUGCAGAAUUUGAAGGAACUGAAGUUAAUCGCAUUAAGAGCUCUUACUACUCUUCCAGUGCCUGCUAUUCAAAAGUUUUUGAAGUUAACAUCUAUUGAUAUAAUGGACGCUGGUAUAAGAUCUAUUUUUGGAGACACAUUCACACCAAUGUCUGUGCUACACGAUGUCAAAAUACGUAACAAUAUAUACUUAAAUACAAUAGAUCAAAGAGCAUUUAGUGGAAUAAGUGACACUGUGGAAUACUUAGAAAUUGACAAUAAUAAUCUAAAUAGUGUAAUGAGUAUUGAAUUUCUCCGAAAUGAAAACUGGCCUGUUUUAAACUAUUUAAACAUUGGAUAUAACUACAAUCUAAAGAACCUUCCAAGUGGACUAUUCACUAGAACUCCAACUUUAGCUUACCUAACAUGCCAGGACAUUGGAUUAACAAGUAUAAACAAGGACAUGUUUACUGGACUUUCAAAUCUGCAUACACUUGAUCUUGCUUAUAAUGAAAUACGAACUGUAUCUGCAGAAACAUUUCAGAAUUGCCCCACUUUGGCUGAACUUCGACUGCAUAACCAGCAUAAUAAUGACCUUAUAGACUUCCAAAAUGAUGCUUUUAGUGGAAUUGAAACUUCCAUAGAGACACUUAGUCUUUUCAACAACAAGUUCAAUGUUUCUCAAUUUUGGAUUGACAUAUCAAGGCUGUCAAAUUUGUUAGUACUAGAAGUUUUGAAUACUGGUAUUGAAAAUAUUCCUGACAAAGUGUUCAGAAAUAACGUCAAUCUUACAGAUUUACACCUGGCUGAUAACAAUAUAACUUCAAUAAAACAAGAGACAUUUUUCGGUCCUAGAGAUACUCUGAGGACUAUAGGCCUUCAGAGAAACCAAAUACAAACAAUUGAUCAAUGUACAUUGAAUGACUUUCCUAUCAAACCAAAGAUGAUAUUGGCAGGGAAUCCACUGAACUGUGACUGUGGUUUGCUUUGGCUUUAUGACUGGUUUAAACUGCAAAGUGACCAAGACAGUGUUGCCUAUCAGGAUAUAGGAACGUGCUCGUCACCACCCUCUCUUGCUAAUAAAUACUUCACAGAAUUCACCAGAAAUGAAAUGUGUGCUGGCGGAGCUUCGGCCGUAACUUGCCCAGAUUUAUAUGCAACAACAACAUCCACCAUAGUUGCAAGCACAACAACAACUCAAAGUCCUACAACGCCACAUUUACCAGUGUUUGAACUUCUGAUUAAUAACAGGAAAACUAACUCUAUUGAGGUAAUUUGGGUUAUAACUGACAGGACGCAUGUAACUGGUUUAAAGAUUGAGAUGAUAUCCACUUACCAGGGCAUAAAAAUUGCCUAUCCAGGACUUGACGCCGCAUCAUACACAUUCUACCAGUUGCGGCCCGACACCACUUAA